AGCAUUUGGAUGCGUCCGCUUCGCAAUGCGAAUGGCUCGUGGGAAAGAAGAAGAGAAACAGCUGAAGAUACGGAUCCAUCAACAACAACUCUUUUAAGCGAAAUCUAUUGUUUGCUGCGAAAUGAGGCUACAACCACACAUCCUGCUGGCGACAUUGGCCUCUUGCUCGAUUCUCAGCGGUACACUUGCCUACAAACCGGUGGUAAUCCUGCAUGGAAUCCUUUCCGGGCCAGAGUCCAUGACCUUUUUAGUGCGGGAAAUAGAGAAGAUUCAUCCCGGAACCAUAGUUUAUAACUGCGAUAAAUUCAGCGGAUGGUACAGUCUGGAGAACGCCUGGCGGCAGGUUGAUCAGGUCAGGGAUUACCUGAACGAAGUGGGCAAGCUACAUCCGGAGGGCAUCAUUGUGCUGGGCUACUCCCAGGGCGGUCUUUUGGCCCGGGCGGCCAUCCAAAGUUUGCCCAAUCACAACGUCAAGACCUUCAUAUCCCUAUCAUCGCCACAGGCGGGGCAAUAUGGAACCAGUUUCCUCCAUCUGAUAUUUCCCGAUUUAGCGGCCAAGACGGCAUUCGAGCUCUUCUACUCCCGUGUGGGUCAACACACCUCUGUGGGCGGCUACUGGAACGAUCCGCACGAGCAGGAUCUGUAUUUGAAAUACAGCGAGUUCCUGCCACUGAUCAACAAUGAGAAAAGAACCUCAAAUUCCACAUCCUUCAAGAUGGGAAUGGUGCGGCUCGAGAAAUUGGUCAUGAUUGGGGGACCCAACGACGAUGUAAUCACGCCCUGGCAGUCCAGUCACUUUAGUUACUACGACGAAAACCUAGAUGUGAUUCCAUUUUACCAUCGAAAGUUCUUCACCGACGACUCCAUCGGUAUUAAGACCCUGCAGGAGGCGGACAAACUCAUCAUCGUGGUAAAGCCCCAUGUCCAUCACCUGCCUGGCAACCGGAAGGAUGUCAUCCAUGAAGUCAUAAUGCCAUAUCUGGACUGAAUAAUUAACUCAAACUGUACUUGAGCGAUCAAAAGGGCUGUGAUCGAUCGGAAAGACGGACAAAGCUCACACUCAUCAUAAGCGUUAAUGUGAAGCCAGCAUACAGAAUGAUCUUUUAUAUAUAAUCUAGGUUUUUAUAAAUUGUAAGUUUACAGCGAUUUUUAGUUGUGUAGGG